UCUGGCUCUGUUCCCAUUUCCCAACAAGUCUAUCCGACAUUCCGACUACACUCCGCCCGAGCGGUGAACCCCGAACCAGAGCUCGUGCACCCCCUCCAAAAUCCAUGACCACCAACCCCACCUCUUUAUUCCUCUUCUCCUCACCUCCUCUAUCUCCAAAGUUGUUCACUUCGACCUUUUCACUACCCGCACCCUCUCAUGCCCCUCCACCCGUCUUCUCUUUACCCUUUAAAUCCCAUUCCAUUUUAAACCUGCCUGUGGUGGCCUCUCCUUCUAGGAAAAACCCAUUUUUGGUACGUUCCGACGAUGGCGACGGCGACGCCGCUGGCCCCGAUGACUAUGAGAUGAUGGAUCCGGACGAAAUGGAGGAGGUGGACAACAAGAAGGACUUUGAAAUCGAGUACGACCCAUUAUCUGGCGCUUUGGCGCCUUCCGCUUCUGGUGGUGACGAGGACAUUGAGAUGGUGCAGAGCAAGAGCUUCGUGUCAACGCAGGGAUGGGAUUCGGAGAUGGUCGUGGAUUACAGAAUUAAUGAAGAAGAGUUUCACAAGAUAAGCUUGCUUGACUGCGACUUCUUUAUAAGGAAGCCACCGGACCCCGAUAACGAUGUCUUUGAUUUUAGGGAGAUGUAUGUUACUCCUCCGGAUACGGACGUUUAUUCAAUUCCUAAGGUUCUCGCUCCAAUGCCUCAGAAGUACAUUCGAUGCGCCAAAAGUGAUUAUGGAUGCUACAAUGUGACUGAGCCACCAAUUGAUGCUCCUCGAGAUCCGCUUUAUAAAACUACAAGGGAGAUCCAGAAGGUCUUCUUGACAAAACACUACAAAAAUCGGAGAUUGGGUGACUCUGAGUUUGUUCUGGAUUUUGAAGAAAUUUACGUUAUUGAUUCAAAAUCCAAGUCAAUCACGAGAGCAAAAGUUCUGGUGACAGCUCCAGGGGGAAGAAAUAGAGAUAGAAAGAGUGACUUGCUUGUUGUACGAGAUAACGGGAACUCUUUCAAAAUAAUUCACGCGAGUGAAAAAGAUGAUCCAACCACUGUGAUAGAAAGGGAGGAGUGGGACAAAACCAGACGAGACAUGGAGAGACACCUUAGCAAGCUUCGAGACUUCAGCGUUUCUAAUUGGUUUUGAUUAACUGUUAACAGCACGUCGCAGUGGAAGACUGCCCCAUGGCCUAUCAAUGCGUCUUAGUGGAAAAUGUGUUGAGGCAAUUAAACCAAGGACGGACGAUAAAUGGAGUUAUCUCGAUCGUAGUCAUUGCGAAGUAAUAUGCUGUAUCCUCUUCCAUUUUGUAAUUUGGAUGGCCCUGCGACGCCAUUUGCUUACCGAUCCCAAUAUCACCGUCUCUUGUACGUUCUGAUGUAAUCAUUGGCGAGAGUUCCGAGCCUCUGUACACUAUCAAUUUGAUCCGCAAAGAGUUCUGAGCCUUUGAACACCGAUCCCACCAUUCUAUGACACGUGACACCUGUACCAUGUGGUUGAGGCUUGUAGUUGAAACCAUUCAAUUUUGGGCAAGUUUGGCUAUAAUGAAAUAUUGAUUUGAUCCGCGAACAUUAA